GAGCCGGCCCCCCCUGCUCCAUCCAUCCAUCCCUCCCUCUCGGUCGGUAAUCACUUCAUUGCUCUCCUUUUUUUGAAGCGCGCGCUCCGUUUCAUCCCUCUCUCUUUCUUUCGUCCCGCGAUCCCGCGUGCGCUCCAGCUCCCGCCUCGCGCUGAUCCCGGUGUUGUUUGUUGUUUGUUUGUUUGUUUGUUGUUUUCUCCUCCUCCUCCUCUUCCUCCUUUGAGAUGAAGAUAAUGAUUAUGCUCCUUCUCAGCGCGCGCCGCUCUUAACCGGAAACCCCCGGUUAAUCUCCUUUAUUUUUUGGACACUUUUUUUGGACUCUAACCCCAAGAAGAAGAAGAGACCCACUGGGAUAUCCCCCCUGCACGCGCACUCACGCACAUCACGCCCCCCAACGGUGCACGCGCACGGCUCUGGAUAAUUACACCCCCUAUUCGUGCACUUUUUAGCGCGCUUUUUUUGUCGCACCAGAGGAACUGAAGAACCGAAGCCGCUAAUCUCACGCCUUUGUUGUUCGUUUGUUUGUUUGUUUGUCGGUUUGUUUGUUUCUUUCUUGCCUUUGCCGGACUUUGUCUUUUAGUGUCCGAGAGCGCGUGAGGGAGGAUUACGCUCUGCACGCGCGCGCACGGACGCACGCACGCACCAACGCACGCACGCACGAACGAACUCUUUCCCCGCACGCCAAAGCAACGCAACUCAAAGCAACGCGACGCGGGAACGCACCGCGGGAACCGAGGCGAGCGGGAAGGCGCGCGCAUGUUCUCCCUCCAGGACGGGCUCCCGCGGGGGGCGCUCACCAUGAAGGAAGAACCGCUGGCCAGCGGGAUGACGCCCGUGCGCUCGUGGAUGCAGAGCGCGGGCAUCCUGGACGCCAACACGGCGGCACAGAGCGGGGUGGGCUUGGCCCGGGCUCACUAUGAGAAGCAGCCCCCCUCUAAUCUGCGCAAAUCCAACUUCUUCCACUUCGUUCUGGCUCUGUACGACCGGCAGGGUCAGCCCGUGGAGAUCGAGAGGACCUCGUACAUCGACUUUGUGGAGAAGGACAAGGAAUAUAAUGGCGAGAAGACCAACAACGGCAUCCACUACAGGUUACAGCUCCUCUACAGCAACGGAAUCAGGACAGAGCAGGACCUGUUCGUACGGUUGAUAGACUCCAUGACCAAACAGCCAAUCAUUUACGAAGGUCAGGACAAGAACCCAGAGAUGUGCCGCGUCCUCCUCACCCAUGAGAUCAUGUGCAGUCGAUGCUGCGACAAGAAGAGCUGUGGGAACCGAAACGAGACGCCGUCAGACCCCGUCAUCAUCGACAGAUUCUUCCUCAAGUUCUUCCUCAAGUGUAACCAGAACUGUCUGAAAAAUGCAGGGAACCCAAGAGACAUGAGACGCUUUCAGGUGGUGAUUUCCACCACGGUGAACGUAGACGGCCAUGUCUUGGCCGUAUCAGACAACAUGUUCGUCCACAACAACUCCAAACAUGGCAGACGAGCUCGCCGCCUGGACCCCUCUGAAGCAGCCACUCCCUGCAUUAAGGCCAUAAGCCCGAGUGAGGGCUGGACGACCGGAGGAGCCACCGUCAUCAUCAUCGGGGACAACUUCUUCGACGGGCUUCAGGUGGUGUUUGGCACCAUGCUAGUGUGGAGUGAGCUCAUCACGCCCCACGCCAUACGAGUGCAGACGCCCCCCAGACACAUCCCCGGGGUCGUGGAGGUCACCCUCUCCUACAAGUCCAAACAGUUCUGCAAAGGAGCGCCGGGACGCUUCGUCUACACAGCUCUCAAUGAACCCACCAUUGACUAUGGCUUCCAGAGGCUACAGAAGGUCAUCCCCCGGCACCCCGGAGACCCCGAGAGGUUACCCAAGGAGGUGCUGUUGAAGAGAGCAGCUGAUCUGGUGGAAGCUCUUUAUGGAAUGCCUCACAAUAAUCAGGAGAUCAUUCUGAAGCGGGCGGCGGAUCUGACCGAGGCUCUGUACAGCGUCCCCCGCAGCCACAACCAGCUCCCCUCCCUCACCGGCUCCGGCGCUCACUCCGGCAUGAUGGGGGUCAACUCCUUCAGCAGCCAGCUGGCCGUCAACAUCUCCGAGGCUUCACAGGGGGACCAGGGUUACUCCCGUAACUCCAACAGCGUGUCUCCUCGUGGAUACGUGCCGAGCUCCACGCCUCAGCAGUCCAACUACAACACCAUCACCUCCACCAUGAACGGAUAUGGAGCUGCAGGCAUGACCAACCUGGGAGUACCUGGCUCCCCCAGCUUCCUCAACGGAUCCACCGCCAACUCCCCCUACGCAAUCAAACAGAAGAGCGCCUUCGCCCCCGUGGUCCGGCCACAGACCUCCCCGCCCCCCACCUGCACCAGCACCAAUGGGAGCAGCCUACAGGCCAUGGCUGGUCUCAUCGUCCCGCCCAUGUGAAGCAGCAGUUGGACCAAUGGGAGCAGGAGCUGAUCGUCCUGGAGCUUCAGAACUCCUCCCAUCUCCUGACGUCCACCUGACAGUUGCUUGGCGAACAUCAUCAUCUUCAUCAUCUUCACCAUCUUCUUCAUCUUCUUCAUCAUCAUCAUCGUCGUCUUUAUGAUCCUGCAGCGGACGAUUUCCUACGAGAGCAUCUGGACGAGCUGGACAGAGUCAAAAUUACGUAAAACGUCCUUCAGCCUGAAACGUUUCUAGAUUAUAUUUAUGUUGGUUUGCGUGUUUUUCUGGUCCUUCUUCUGGUCCCUCAUCCAGCACUUCGUCCAGCACUUCGUCCUCUGGAACUCUCUGGUUGGACGGUGGACGGACGCUAGUCCAGAAUAUCCCAGCAUGCCCUGCAGAUAGAGGAGUGGAGAUGUACAGUACUUGAGGACUACAGGACCUGAGGACCACCUUGCUUGGCUAUUGGAGCUCCAUUGGGUUUCCCAUGGGUUUUUCUAUGGAGCUCCAUUGGGUCCCUGGAUGAGCUCCUUUCUGUUUAUCUCGUUUUUUUUAAGGACAGAUCAAAAGGAAGGAGGGGUAUAGACUCGUACUGCGGGGUCAAAGGUCGAGGGGUCCAUGCUAUAAUGUUUUUAUUGCUUUAAACGUCUUUAUUCCCUGAAAUGGAUUGUUUUUUGUUCCUUUACUAAGUGAAAUUGUGUUUAAAUUUACUUUUUUUCCUUUUCGUUUCUCAUCAAACUCAAAGUUAAACGAGUUUCAAACCGGAGAAAAAUGCACAACUGCAGAACUGUCCUCCAGAGAAUUGAACCCAGGCUGUCUGAGCGCGAGGAGACGAAAGAUGGAAAGAUGAAAUGAUGGAAAGAUGGAAAGAUGGACGUCGUUUAGGGUGUCAUAUGUUUUCUUUUUUUGUACCGUCUGAUUAGAUACAGUAGAGUCGCAGGUGUGUGGAUUUGAUAGAGCUAAACCAGGAAUGCUUUCUUGCAGUUUUAAUCACAUUUAGGGACCAGACUUGUGGUUGAAACUUCUUCUCGUGAUUUUUUUGUAUGUAUUUAUAUGGGAGAAAAAAAAAAAGUAAGUUUUGGGGGUUUCUUUGGUGAAUUUAGGCCUGAAUAAUAGUAAGGGAAUAUCUAUGUAAACACAAUUGAUGUCUUAAUACCUUUUAGAUAUUGUAAAAAGAGUGAACAGUCAAAGGGAGUACACUUUUUUUGCUAAAAAUUCUGAAAAAAAAAGAAAAGAAGAGAAAUGCGGAAGUACGGAAGUAUGGACGUGUCGGGUUGACCUGUUUUUCUUUUUUCAUUUGUUUGUUUGUUUGUUUGUUGAAUUGUUUGUUUGUAUAGUUCUCAAGCAAAUAAAGCAGGACGUACGCUCUACCACUUUUUGUAAAGAACAAAAAAGUUUGCUUUUCCAAUCAUAUAUAAAUAUAUAUAUAUAAAUAUA